AUGGGUGCAGGAGUUUACUCUGUAGAUAUUGAUUCAGAUCAACAAAAAGUUAAAGUGUCUGGAGAUGUUGACUCCACAACCCUAAUCAACAGGCUUGUCAAAUCAGGAAAGCAUGCAGAACUUUGGCCAACCAGUGACGAAAAUUUCAACGAGAACCAACAACUUUCAAGUUUCAUCAAUGGCGGAAACAACCAAAACCAGAUGCAAAAUCUGAUCGCAAGUCUCAAUGCUCCAAAAAGUCAACGUAUGUUGACUCCUCCUGGUUAUCAUCGUACUGGUCUGGAAGAGCAGAUGGCUUUUGAAAGGUAUCUGAAGCAUGGCAUGGAUAUGGAGAAUAAUCAUCGACACAUUGGAUGGGUUGAUAGAGGUAGUGGGAGUCUAAUGGGAGAGAAUAGUUCUGGUUUUAUUGACCUUGAAGGUAGUCAAUUACAUGGAGGUUUUGGUGGAAGCUUUAAUGGCGGAAUUAUGCCAACUUUCCAUGAUCAUGGAUCAAGUUUGCCGAUGAUGAACAGGAAUGAUCAGAGCGUUCAUAGUGGGAUGGGGAAUGUGAUGGUGCAUGAUAACAUGUACAUGCAUCAACCCCAGAUAAUGAAUCAUGCGUAUCCAGUGUUUCAUCACGCACAUCGUCCUCACUAUUACUAA